UAUUCCUCGACAGUUCUUUUUUGACAUUUUGUACUCAUUUAGGUUUAUUUAAAUAAAAAAUUUUCAGGAAAUUAAAAAAAAAAAUAUUUUUUUAAAUAUGUCAUUACUAAAGAACGUGAGGCAAGCUCAACUUAAAAUAAAGUCUUUUCGCAAGUUCGAUCGCAUUGCUCUGGCUUUUUCGUCCGCACCAUCAUCUGAUGCGCCGGCUGCCGCUGCUCUGAGCAAGAACUUCCUACAAACCUUACGUUCUGAAACAUUUGGACAGCCCACUUAUGUGACCCAUCCACAUCUUGUUAACGAGGGAGAGCUAGUAAUAGGCCAGACAGUGGAAACUUUCCGGGAACGUCGUUCUUGGCUUUUGAGUGGCAUACAAAAGCUUGACGAGGAAAGUGAAAAAAAUUUUCAACAUAAAAAGAAAUCUCACAUGGUAAUCGUGCCGUCAGCGACUAAAAAGUACAUGAGCGACAAAAUUCCUUACGUUUUUCGGCAAAACUCUGACUUUUUUUACUUAACGGGAUGUAUGGAGCCAGAUUCGGUCCUGGUAUUGACUAUAAACGAGAGGGAAGAUGUCAAAUCGAUAUUAUUUAUGAGGCCAAAAGACAAACACGCUGAGAUGUGGGAUGGUGCUCGUACUGGGGCCGAAAAUGCCCCUGAUUUUUUUGGUGUGGACGAGGCGUACACAAUACCGCAAUUUUCGAAAAUUCUAAAAAAAUACAUUGAAAGCGAAAAGCCUCUUGUUUGGUAUGAUAUACCUGCCUCAGAUCAGGCCACUAUUACCAGCGACAUACAACAGGUAACUGGUAAUACUUCAGAGCUUAAAUCUCCCGCUGUUUAUAUACAAAGUCUUCGGCUAUAUAAAUCACCUAGUGAACAAGACUUAAUGCGUCGAACCUGCCAAAUCGCUUCUAGAGCAAUAAAUGAGGUUAUAAGUGAAUCAAAACCAGGACUUUCGGAACAUCAGCUAUUUGCUGCGGUAGACUACAAAUGUCGCAUGAAAAAUGCGAAUUACAUGGCAUAUCCGCCGGUGGUAGCGAGCGGUAACAACGCAACUACAAUACAUUAUAUUAGCAAUAACCAGUUGACAAAAAGUGGCGACUUGGUGCUUAUGGAUGCUGGUUGCGAAUAUGGUGGAUAUACCAGUGACAUCACUCGCACUUGGCCCAUAGAUGGAAUAUUUACACCGGCACAAAAAAUCUUGUAUGACGUGGUUUUGCAGUUACAAAAGGAGUUAAUAGGUAAGAGCUCAAAACUUGCUACUCACUAUUAUACUCACAAUCCAAAUGUGCUUAUAGCAACAUUAUUAAAACCUGGUGGAGAAACAUUAGACCAACUUUUCGAUACAAUGUGCGUAAAGUUAGGAAAAUACUUACAAGAAGUCGGCCUUGUACCUAAGGAUAUAGUUGAUGACAUUAGUUAUGCAAGGGCUGGCUAUAAAUUCUGCCCGCAUCAUGUAUCGCACUAUCUUGGCAUGGAUGUACACGAUACACCACUGAUACCCCGUACAUUCCCAGUACAACCGGGGAUGGUGUGCACCGUCGAACCAGGAAUUUAUAUAGGCCACGAUCGAGAAGAUGUUCCUAAAGAGUUUCGCGGUAUUGGAAUACGUAUUGAGGAUGAUGUGCUUAUUACCAGCGACCAUAAUGUAGAAGUGCUAACUGCCGAAUGUGUAAAAGAGCGCAGAGAGAUUGAGAACCUGUUUUUGACUAAGCGAUAAUUUCUAUAGACAAAAUUUAGAGGGUUAAAACGAAGUGCAGUGCAAAUAGUUGGCAAUAAAUUAUUUAUUUCUUUUUUUUUUUUGGUCACGUUAAGUUGAAAAAUAUAAAUAAACAGUAAAUAUUAGGAAUAUGAAAAGCAGCUUAAUAAAAUUGUUGGCUGUAUUUUUUAUGGCCAAUGAAUAUUGA